AUGUCACCUAAUACUCCUAUUUUCCUUCCCUAUCUUGUCUUCAUAACCAUAUUGCUGCUACUCUCCCAACUUCACAAAGCAGCAGCAGCAGCCGGUUACUGCCAAGAGAAAUGCGGAGAAACGGAGAUCCCCUAUCCGUUUGGCAUGAAGGAGGCGUGCUACCUCGAUGCAGCAUUCAAAGUCAUGUGCAACGAGUCGACUGGCACUGCCUCUCUAGCUUCCAUGGGUUGGGAGGUGGAGGACAUCGACGUCUCCAACCACAGCCUGCGACGCAAGGACUAUAGUUAUUUGAUACUACACUCGCAAAACAAGUUCAUCAUCAAGGCAUGCAACGUUCUUGCAUACCUUGAUGGUGGCGAAGAACUCACUCUAGGAGUGUGCGCGUCUGCCUGCAAUAUACCUCUAGCGCCUUCGACUCGCCAGGGCCUCAAUUGCUGCCAAAUGGAUCUGGUAAAAGAUAUAAGAAAUUGCAGUCUGUAUGUUGUUGGAUUGGGAAAUUCGACAGAUGGAUGUGGCUUCUUCACCUUCAUCGACUCGGAUUACCUACCCUUGCACCUUAAUUUCUUCGAAUGCAGCAAAAGGUACACUGUCCCUGUAGUCUAUGAAUGGGUAGAUGGGAACAAGAGCUGCAAAGAGGGAAACAUUUGCGGCGAUAAUAGUAGGUGCAUCAACUCUACAACCCUUAUCACCGCGAUGGAUGCAAAGAAAGACGACACAGGGAUUUUUCAAGAGCUGCAACAACAGGUAUCCUCGAGUUUGCAAGAGCCUACAAUUUUUAAAAUCAGAGAACUGGAGAAGGCCACGGGUAAGUUGAGCGAAAACCGUGUUUUAGGGAAAGGAGGGAUAGGCAGAGUCUACAAAGGAAUGUUAUCGGAUGGAAGAAUAGUCGGGGUAAAGAAAGCUAACAUAAGCAACAACAACCAAAUUGGCCAGUUUGUAAACGUCUGCAUCCUGUUUGGUUGCUGUCUGGAGUCUGAAUCUCUGUUGCUAGGGGCACGGAUCCAGAGUACUUCCAGGAAGAGUGACGUUUAUGCAUUUGGGGUUGUGGUAGCCGAAAUACUAACAGGACGGAAGGCGGUUUCCUCUGCGAGGGACGACAUAGGACUGGCGAACCACUUCCGUUCAGCGGUGAAGCAGGGCCUACUAUCUCAUAUACUGGAGGCUGUCGUGGUUGAAGGCGGCCAUGGAGACCAAGUUCUUGCAGUUUCCAAACUAGCCAAACGAUGUAUCAAAGUAAAUUCUCGAAAGAGGCCAAGUAUGAAGGAAGCGGCUAAGAUGGACGAAGAGCUUGACGACAAGCACUGGUUGAAUUGGAGGCAGAGAAGGGGAUGA